GAACAAGGUUCUCUUUAGGACCCUGUAGACUGCAGUUAAUACUUUCAAGCAAUGUCACCUGUUACGUUCAAAGGGGAAGCCGCGAUGGUGGCGCUCUAUGGUGUAUAUAUAUAUAUAUCAUUGGUGGUGUUAGUGUAUCCUUUUUGCGCUUGGUAAAAGGCUUUUGAAGUUAAUAUUUACGUCCAUCUAGCGCCUUCGCGUUACUAAAUAAAGAGCGUCGCAAAGACACAGCAAGGCAGUCUUCAAAUUUGUGAACAGUUUCCCAGCGGUGGCCAUUUUGAAUUGUGACCCACCAUGCGUCUGUUCCUGCGUCGGCGCUUGUCCCCCCUGAAGCUGGCCCUGGCUGGGGGAACUCUGUUCAUGGUGGUCCUGUUGGUCCUACAGAAGGAUGUGGGCUCCGGCUCCAACUCUGCCCAGGACCCCUGGUUUCAGGAUCUGGUGGAACGCAAGGAUCGGGUGUUGGUGAUGGUUCGAGGAGCAGUCAACAACCUAGGCUUCCAGAUCGGAGCUCCCCAGCCCCCUUCAAUAGAGGAGCAGCAGGCCACCCCAGACCGCCACUGUCCUCCAGGUCACUACAGUCAGGCAGAGCUGAAGCCGGCCCUGGAGAGGCCCCCACAGGACCCCCAAGGGCCUGGGGCCGAUGGGAGGGGCUACGAGAAAAAGAACAUGACACCAGAGGAAGAGAAAGAGAAGGAAAAGGGGAUGACUGUUAACUGUUUCAACCAGUUCUCCUCCGACAGGAUCUCCCUCAGCCGUAGCCUAGGAGACGACACCCGGCCACCAGAGUGUGUGGAGCGUAAGUUCCGCCACUGCCCCCCUCUCCCCACCACCAGUGUAAUCAUAGUGUUCCACAACGAGGCCUGGUCCACCCUGCUGCGUACCGUCUACAGUGUCCUCCACACCUCCCCUGCCGCCCUGCUCACUGAGAUCAUCAUGGUGGACGACGCCAGCACCGCAGAACACCUGGGGACUCGGCUGGAUGAGUAUGUGAAGCAGCUAAAGAUAGUGAAGGUGGUGAGACAGCAGGAGAGGAAGGGCCUGAUCACCGCCAGGCUCCUGGGGGCCCGGGGAGCCCUGGGAGAGAUACUCACCUUCCUGGAUGCUCACUGUGAGUGUUUCCAUGGCUGGCUGGAGCCCCUGCUGGCUCGUAUCGUGGAGGAGCCAACAGCCGUGGUCAGCCCAGAGAUCACUACCAUCAACCUGAAUGACUUUACCUUCAACAAGCCUGUAGCCACCGCUAAGGCCCGCAACAGAGGGAACUUUGACUGGAACCUCAGCUUUGGCUGGGAAGGCAUCCCCGAGCAUGAGAGCAACAGACGCAAAGACGAGACCUACCCCGUCAAAACUCCAACGUUUGCCGGUGGUCUCUUCUCCAUCUCCAAGAAGUACUUUGAACACAUCGGAACGUACGAUGACAAGAUGGAGAUCUGGGGGGGUGAGAAUGUGGAGAUGUCCUUUAGGGUGUGGCAGUGUGGCGGCCAGCUGGAGAUCAUUCCGUGUUCCGUGGUGGGUCACGUGUUCCGUACCAAGUCACCCCACACCUUCCCUAAAGGUACUGAGGUCAUCACAAGGAACCAGGUACGACUCGCAGAGGUCUGGAUGGAUGACUACAAACACAUCUACUACCGACGCAACAGUAACGCUGCCAAGAUGGCCAAGGAGAAAGGAUUUGGUGACAUCUCGGAGCGUGUGAAUCUGAGGGAGAGGCUGCAGUGUAAGAACUUCACCUGGUAUCUGAAUACUAUUUACCCCGAGGCGUUCGUGCCAGACCUCACCCCUACCAAGUUCGGAGCGAUUAAGAACUCUGGUGCUCAGAGCUGUCUGGAUGUGGGAGAGAAAAAUGAAGGCGGGAAGCCACUGAUCAUGUACACGUGCCACAAUAUGGGGGGUAACCAGUACUUUGAGUACACGUCUCAUAAGGAACUGCGUCACAACAUAGGGAAGCAGCUGUGUCUACAGGCCAACACCCAGCCAGACCAGGUUAAGAUUGAGCUCUGUACACUAAAAGGAAUAGGGACUAGCGUGGCCCCACAACAGGAGUGGCUCUUUACAGAGGAGAAUCUCCUCAAGAACCCACCAAGUGGAAAGUGCUUACUCCUGAAAGGGGGCCAGAUAGUGAUGGACGACUGUAAAGCAACUGACCACAACCAGCACUGGGAAUUCAGUUGACCCCUAACCUUCGACCCCUGACCAUAAGCAAAACUGAAGCUUUCACUAGACGUUGACCCCCCCGCCCCCCGCCAGCCCAUCCACCCAUAGAUGCUAUUAACAAACGCAUAGACCCUACCAAUCUACCUAUAGACUCUGGGUCAAACAGGCAGUACUAGCACCAGUACUAGCUGAACCUGACAGGACAUGAGUCAUACUGCACUGGAGACCAUUGAUGACCUAAGUGGAGUGGACAUGUUGAAUAUAGAGUGCUGACUGUGCUGUGGCAGUGCACACCUAAGUGAAGGAUCUCAGGAUAACCACUUUUAACUAUAUAUUUAUGAUAAUAGAGACUCAUGAAUGAAGGUUUCUUCUCGUGGAGUGUGUGGACAGUGGACUCUGCAGCCUGGGUUGUGUACAGUAGGGAGAAAAUGUUUUGGAAUGGCGUGAAACGGGGAGAACUUAGGCCUACUACCCGAACUUAUCCAGAAAGAGCACAUAUCUUAGUUGGGCACCCUGGAGUGGCAGGAAGGAGGUCUCUUCCAGACAACUAGGACCUCAACCUAGAAGUGUGUUCUCAUUUUUUUAUCAUAGUUUUGCUUGUCUUAACUUAUCUUGUCAGAUAAUGAAUGUAGAUAUAGUGAAUGUUGUUUCUGUGACAAUACAUAUGUCUGCCAAAGGGAAAGGUGUCCAUUUUUUUUAAAUAAAGUUUUAUCUGUAUACAGUUGGA